GCUUCUUCCUCUGCUUUCUUAUUGGUUUCAAAUCCACACAGGUACAGAUCGGAGCGGUAUGAUUGGAGAACGCAAGAGUCUAUCAAAUUGUGCACGCAAAGGGAAACUGUAGUAGAUUGAUUUCCAUUCAUUGCUGGUUAUUUAAUAUAGAGUUGUAUAAUAUAUAAAUAACAAAAAUAAAAUAUGCAUCCGAUGCUCCUGGUGCUCUAUGCAUGUAUUAGUUUCGUGCCAUCUGCAAAUGGGAAAACAGUAUCGGGACUUUUCAGAAGCGAGACAGCAAGAGAGAACAUUGGCCAGUACAUUACAAAAUUUCUGUUUCAUGGAGAGAAUGGUUUGAUAUACUGCAGAGUGGAGGAUGUCCAGACAGCUAUCGAAAAGGAAGCUAGACUGAUCCUUUUCAGAGAGCAGUCAUGGCUUAACCUUCUAGAAGGAUACGACAAUCUAAGCUGUUUAGAGCACCUUACAAAUGCACAAAUUUCAAUUACUCUGACUGAGGAAGAGCACAACCACACUAUGUCACAGCUCCAGUUUCCCCAGACAUGGUAUUUAAUGUACGUGGAUCGGUACACCUGCCAAGAGGGUGAUAUCACUGGGGUGUUAAAAGACACUGCAUUUGAAAUAAAGAUGUUUAACCCUGAUUCAGCAGGAAAUCCACUGGAUCACUUCAGUGCUGAAGAGGCUGGUUUACAUGACUUUUAUUUCCUACUCAUACUUGCAUACUUUGUUGCGACCUGCAUCUAUGCUCAGCCACUGUGGCAAACAAUUCGAAAGGGUGGACCAAUGCACACUGUUUUAAAAGUCUUGACCAUUGCUUUGCUGCUUCAGGCUGCAUCUGCUUUCUUAAACUACGCUCAUAUGGCAAGAUACUCAAGGGAUGGCAUAGGAGCACCGCUGAUGGGUAGCCUAGCUGAAUUCUGUGACAUGGUCUCCCAAAUUCAGAUGCUGUACAUGCUUCUGAGCCUGUGUAUGGGCUGGACGAUUGGAAGGAGUCGCAAAUCGCAAAGCAAGCCCCUGCAGUGGGAUACUUCCCCAGCCUCUACUGCCAUAGCACUCUCAGGCGUCAUCACUCAGGGGGCACUGCUGCUCUGGGAACAGUUUGAAGAUGCUGAACACCACAGUUACCACACCCAUGGCAGUAUGGCUGGCUUAUUUCUGAUUGUUUUAAGGAUCACCAUCGCCUUGUUUCUAGCAUCUAUUCUGUAUCAGAUUAUUACAGCAGAGAGAAGCACACUUAAAAGAGACUUUUACUUAAGCUUUGCUAAGGGCUGCUUUUUAUGGUUCUUGGCCCACCCUGCUCUUGUGGUUUUCUCUGUGGUAUUCAGUGACUAUCGGAGAGAAAAGAUCAUUACUAUUGGUGUUAUUCUUUGCCAGUCGAUAUCUGUGGUAAUACUGUAUAGACUCUUCCUCUCACGCAGUCUGUACUGGGAAGUUUCAUCUCUGUCUUCAGUUACACUACCGUUAACCAUGUCCAGUGGGCACAGAGGGCGAUACUACUCUUAACACUGGAUCACAGUCACAAAAAGAGCUUUUAUGUAGUAUUUGCAAUGGUGACAAAUUCUCCCAGGUUUUUCUAAGGCAAGGAGCACUCCAUUUCUGAAGGCCUGUCUUCAUGUGUUGCAUAUUUGGAAAACCAGAAAAGCUCCUGCAAAUGUUGAAGCAGUACAUUCUGCAAAUAUCACUUCACAUCUUGGGUGUGUGUGACAAGAACAAGAUAGAUGGACAAUUUUCAUAAUGCUGUAAAAAUUGAAAUGUAUUUAAUUUAUAAAGCACAUAAUGGAACUGAAUAUAUUGUAUGUGUAUACAUUACGUCUUUUGGAAGUAUUUGAUAAUUAUACAAAAGAUGGAUGUUAUUUUUUGUUUUGUUCAUUUUUUCUUAUAUUACAAUGCUUGGCAUAAAUUGCAAAACUUGCCAAAAAUGAAUGGUGAAGAGCAUUGAGUUUUAUUUCCAAAAAGUAAUUUGCAGAUAGUAUGUGGUAGAGGUUUCCUAUGGUUAAGAGUAUACUUUGCAUAUUUUAAUUAUGUACUGUCAUUGAGAAAAAAAACACUUCUGGUUUAAAAAGCCAUGGCCAGAAACUAGUUACAAAAAUCCUGAAGGACUGCUCUUGAACACUUGAACCAACUAUGUACUUAUGUCUCUUGAAUAAAAAGUUGAAAAAAAUUAAACUUGACCUUAAUAUAUA